AAAGUUCCGUGGAGCUAAAAGUAGGGUUUUGAAUGGGUUUUUCAAGAUUUUAGUACAUUCGUCCUUUUGUCUAUCCAGGACCGAGAGAGAGGAAAACAGAGAUUUUUCAAGAUUUUAGUUAUUUCUCACCGUCUACGGUGAAGAACUCCAUCAAAAAUCAUCGUCGAGGGCAGAAAGAAUGUUAAACCUAUCACUAUCUUCAACACAAGGUGGCUACAUCAUCCAAAACCCUAAAUCCCCUUUCAUAUUAAACCCACAUCUCUCUUCUCCUCCUACAAUCAAAUUCAUAAACCCCAGCUCAAGAAAACUCAGUCUGAAAUGUCAAUACUCCGACCAACAACAACGACCUGAUGCUUCAUCUUACUCUCAACCCAGAGAAGACGCUCCGAAGGUUUUCAUCGGGCAUUCGAUAUACAAAGGAAAGGCUGCUCUUACAGUUGAACCUCGCCCUCCAGAGUUCGCGCCUUUAGACUCGGGGGCGUUUAAGUUGACAAAAGAGGGUUUCGUGUUGCUUCAAUUUGCGCCUUCUGCUGGUGUUCGUCAAUAUGAUUGGAGUAGAAAGCAGGUAUUCUCAUUAUCAGUUACUGAAAUCGGAAGUAUAAUCAGCCUUGGUGCGAAAGAUUCAUGUGAAUUCUUUCACGACCCUUUUAAAGGAAAAAGUGAUGAAGGCAGAGUUAGGAAGGUUUUAAAGGUGGAGCCUCUCCCAGAUGGAUCGGGCCACUUCUUUAAUCUAAGUGUUCAAAACAAGCUUAUAAACAUGGACGAAAGCAUUUAUAUCCCUGUUACAAAGGCAGAGUUUGCAAUUCUUGUCUCAGCUUUCAAUUUUGCUGUGCCUUACCUUUUGGGUUGGCAUACAUUUGUGAAUUCUAUAAAACCCCAAGACUCGACCCGUUUGAAUAAUGGUAACCCGCGAUCCGGUGCUGAUUUAGAAUGGAGCAGAUAGUUUGUAUUUUGAAGAUGGUUUAUGGAUUUGUAUGCUUUUAAGUUUGAGGGUGUCAUUUUGUUCUUGUUUUUUUAGGUUAUGUGAACCGAAGUUAGAAUUUCUUCUCUCCCAUUAUGUAUAUCUUUGUUAUCUUGAAGAGUAUUAGGAUUUACAUUUGGAUGUGGUUUUGGGUUCAUGUUUGUGAUGGC